UGUUCUUGAUAUAGGCACACAGUACGCCUCUUCAGGAUCCUGAGUUGCGGCUUGAUGAAAAGAAGCUGAUUCUCAGCAAUAGCGUAUGCAAGGAGCCUGUUAAAUCUAUACCUUGGAGAUUAAUUUUGUCAAAAUCUCCUGUGUGGGCCCUUAUAAUUUCUCACUUCUGUCACAAUUGGGGAACAUUUAUUCUUCUAACAUGGAUGCCUACAUAUUAUCACCAGGUGUUGAAGUUUAAUCUUACUGAAUCUGGAAUGUGUUCGGUCUUGCCUUGGCUUACCAUGGCCUUCUCGGCAAACGUUGGUGGGUGGAUUGCUGAUUCUUUGGUGAGCAAAGGUGUAUCUGUCACCAUUGUUAGAAAGAUAAUGCAGACGAUUGGAUUUCUUGGCCCUGCAUUUUUCCUGACUCAGUUAAACCAUGUUGAUUCUCCUGCAAUGGCAGUUUUGUGUAUGGCCUGCAGUCAGGUCUGUGAAUACCAUACAAUGAAUCAAACAUUAAUUAUUAUCUAUCUUUUUACAUAG